ACAAAAACAAAAUGGCGGCUGAAAUCAAGCCAGCCGCUGGAAAACCAGUUGGAAAUGUCAGAAAACCAAUGCUUAUAAACAAACUGGAAGGAUGCAGCGACAGUGUCAACAUGGCAGUGCUUAUCCCUCGGGAAGAUGGUGUCAUAAGUGUCAGUGACGACAAGACGCUGAGGGUAUGGCUCCGUCGAGACACAGGACAGUACUGGCCCAGCAUCUGUCAUUCCAUGCCAUCUGAGGCGGCCUCCUUGGACUACAAUGCUGAAACCAAGAAGAUCUUCAUAGGCCUUGAUAAUGGAACUAUAUCUGAAUUUUCUAUAACAGAAGACUUCAACAGAUUGGCACACAUUAGAGACUAUAUAGCUCACCAGGGCCGCGUCACAAGUGUCAAGUUCUCCCUGGGCUGUGAGUGGGUGUUGAGCUGUGGGAAGGACAAGUACUUCAUGUGGCACUGCAGCGAGACCGGCCGCAGACUUGGCGGGUACCAGGCCGGGGCGUGGUGUCUAUGUCUAGAAUUUGACGAACAGUCCAAAUAUGCUUUUGUGGGCGACUACUCAGGUCAGAUCUCAGUGCUGAAGAUAGGACAGAGCAGCUUCCAGCUCAUUGUCACACUCAAGGGACACUCAGGAAGUAUACGCUCUAUGGCCUGGGACGUCCAGCGCAGUCUGCUGUUUACCGGGAGCUUCGACCAGUCCAUCAUCGUGUGGGACAUCGGGGGGAAGAAAGGCACAGCAUUUGAACUGCAAGGACAUCACGACAAGGUACAAGGCUUGUCUUAUGCUAUGGGGUCAAAGCAGUUGGUAUCAGGAUCAGACGACGGUCUGCUUGGGAUAUGGCAGAUGGAUGUAGAGAGACUGGAGACUCCAGAAUGGAAGGAGAGUGAUGUGUGUCAGAAAUGUGGUGCUCCAUUCUUCUGGAAUGUCCGCAAGAUGUGGGAAGAGAAGAUGAUAGGAAACAGACAGCAUCACUGUAGGAAGUGUGGCAAGGCAAUGUGUGCCAAGUGCAGCAACUCUAAGUCUACUAUCCCUCCCAUGGGAUACGAGUAUGAAGUCAGGGUUUGUGACGAGUGUCUACCAACCAUUACAGAUGAAGAUCGAGCGCCUCUGGCAACAUUCCAUGACACCAAGCACAGCAUCAUGUACAUGCACCUAGACGAGACGAGGAAACGGCUACUGACUGUAGGUAAAGACAGGGUCAUGAAGGUGUGGGAUCUAAGCAGUGUUCUCUAGCAGUGUUCUCCAGCCCUGGAUGCACAGAAGUCCUAGAAGUCAUCAAGUAAUGUAUUCAUCCUGACAGUCUGUCUGUCCAUCAUAGCUGCUGCUUCAGCCUUGUCUGCUCAGUAGCAGGUGCUUGUUUCAUGGCCUGGGCACCUCCAGCGCUAUUGUAGUUUACCUUGUGGUCACAGGACGCCUGGAUCUGUUUAUAUUGUACAGCUAAACACAAUGUUUUUCCAGUAAAUGGACCUUGAUCUUGCCCUUUCUAAAUGGAACAAAAAUAUUGACUCUUUUCUUUUUAAACAUGUAAACAGGAAAAUGAUUCCAUUUAUUCUAUGCGCCCUCCCCUCUCCAGAUUGUAUUUACUAUUUAUAUGUACAUGAUAUAGUGUGUCAUAUCUUGAGUGACUGUGUAGAGAAUCCUCCUGUAUAAUGUAUGGCAGUCUGUGACCCUGGCUACAGCUGAUGCUUGUGGUCUGAGUAGUGAUUCAGAUGAAGUCAUGUCUUUAAGUUUGAGAUUUUCGAGAUGACAAUUUUUGGCCUGCUGUGUUGAGUGUAAAUAUGCACCCCUGUCUCAAUGCAGUUUUAGUAUGUCUAUUUGGGGUGUUCGGUCUCGGGAUGCUGAUCCAAUGUCUAUGACAGUAUUCUGGAUGUUGUCAUGUUCAGUGAAUCUGUUUGUGAAGUUGUCCGAUGGUUCAUUCCCAUAAUGAAUUUCUUGUCUCAACUUCAUACAACCUUACUGGCUAUAAUUGUGCAAUGAUCAAAAGUUCCAUUAGGAAAUGACAGUGUUGAAUCAAAGCUGUUCAUUUUUCCUUCACCAGUUACGAAACAACACCCCAAAAUGUAGAAACACAUGUGACCUCUUCAAUUGAAUUGUGGGACAGAUAUCGCUCUUGAAAGCGUAAUCUUGCAGUUCAAUGUAAACUUCCUUGAUAAAUGAAACCAGAUGGUAAACAGAAUAUGGAGAGAAAGAUCAACUUAACAGGAAGUUCAUGUGAUAAAUAUUGAUCAAAUAUAAGAUAUAAUUCAUGUGAUGUGCAGUUUGCCAGUCUGAAUGACAUGUUUUGUAAUUUAACAGUAGUGAUUUCUUUUUCUGUAAAAUUUGUUCAUUUCAGAGACAAGAUGUUAGUCUAAUUGAAAUUGUAAGAGUUGAUCAGUCAAGAUUGUAUAUUUAUCAAGAGGGGUUGACUCUGGUAGUCAGAUCGUCUCAAGAUGAAACAUGCUGCACAUAAGGGAUGCAAGAAAGUUUUUAUAUGACGUAGUUGAUGUGAUAUGAGACUAUUUCCCUGAAACACAUUCGAGACAUGAUAAUGACAUUUCGUCUCAUUAUAGAAAUACUCAAAAUACUUAGUGAUACUGUAUUUUGUGUGUUCUGAUAGUCCCAGUCUGAUCAGUUAUCAUAUUAAUGUUGCCUAUACUUCCUUAUUUAGAAUUACAAAGGGAGAUAACUAGUGACACUGGAUGUUAUUGAAUAGCUUGUUGGGUGAUCAUGAAAUGACGUUCACCUUAUUUUAUUGCAAUUAUUAGAUAUGUAUGGGGAUGUAUAGAGCUGUUUUCAGAAAGGCUCAGAUAGUUUCAAAGAAUUUUCCUCUAGGCAUACGAUCAACUUGUGUUUUUUGUUUGUUGAGGCUUAAAAAACACACUCAAGUCACAGUACGUUACACAUCGUGAUAAAAUCUUACUUGUGUGAUGAAAUACUCAAUACAAAACACAAUUCUGAGUACAAUUGUAUAAAUAUCAUAUGUAAAGUGUUAACAAAGGGUGUAUUUUUUCAUCAUUUCAAAUGUUUGAUGUGUUUUAAAGCCACAAGAAAGAUUGAAUAAAGGUAUACAAACACAGCUAAAAUAUUCAUCACCAGCUGUUUGUAAAACUAUUUGACGCAUUGGUUCAGAGAUGAUUUGAGUCAUGUAAUGCGUUGGAUCAGUGCAUUGUUUCAGCCAAACAUGUCAUUACAGUGUUCGUAGUUUGAAAACAGCAUUGCAUGGUUCCAGAUACUAUAUUUAGCUGUUGAGUAUAUACUCACUUGUUUUCAUUCACUUAAGGAUUGAGAGUUUUCUUAGGGUAUUCUAUAUAUUUCUACACCCUUGGAUUAUAUCCAGUGAGUGAACAUAAUUCUACACAAAACUGUAUUUCAAUAACUUCUAGUCUACAUCUGUCCAGUACACAUAGUUCUUCAUUAUUCAGGGGCGGUGGGGUAGCCUAGUGGUUAAAACAUUGGCUCGUCACGCCGAAGACCCGGGUUUGAAUCCCCACAUGGGUACAAUGUGUGAAGCCCAUUUCUGGUGUUCCCCGCCGUGAUGUUGCUGGAAUAUUGCUAAAAGCGGCGUAAAACCAAACUCAGUCAGUCUGUCUUCAUUAUUCACAGCAUUAGAGAUUAUGUAUAUACAUGUGGUUAGUCUGUAUAUUAUUACAAAGCUUUGCGAUUUUAUACUUCAAUAAAUGUGCGAAAAAACAUUAACAAUCCGUAAAUGUAGAUAUGUAAUGAUAUACAGUGCUGAAAUCUAGAAAGAAAGGCUGUGUUGGGUAAAUGCACAGUCUUGUUUCACCAUUGGUAUUUUAUUGCCUUGUGUAUUUGUAUGAAAGCUACUAAAAUUAUUGGUUUA